UACGGAAAACCUGGAAUCUUCGUGGCCAUGAUGAUCGACCCGGGAGCGGAGAGUGCGCCGCCGAGCGCCGGAUCGGCGGAGAAGGCUCUGUCCUUCUUCUACCGGGGAUGGCGCGAGGUGCGCGAUUCGGCCGGUGCCGACCUCCGUCUCAUGCGCUCCCGCGCCAACUCCCUCAAGACCCUCGCCGAUCGCGAGUUCGAGAACCUCUUUGGCUUUCCGUCAUCAGUCCAUGCCUUCUCCUCUCCGUCGGAGUUCGAGAUCGUCAAGCGCAUCCAACCCAAGUUGUCCGAACUCCGGAAGACAUACUCCGCGCCCGACUUCAGCCGGAAGGUGCUCGAGAAGUGGGCCCCUAAGGCCACCAUCGGGAUCGAUCUGUCCGCCAUAAGGAGCGCCGUUGUCUCCGAGAUAGAUGAGGUUGGGGUGGUUCUCGAUCCCAGCAAAGACGGAGCCCGGGGCCGGAGGAGGGUCCUAUGGAAUGGGGCGGAGGAGGAGGAGAAAGGGAAGGAGUGGGAACCUAUUCGGAUCCUCAAGAAGGGGAUCAAGGAGUUUGAGCGGAAGAGCCAGUCGACCAGCAACGAGUUGGUUGAGAAAAUGAAAUUGAGCCUGGGAUCAUUUGUACGGGAGCCUCAAGAACCUAAGGAAAUUCCACCAUUGCAUCUACCUGAACUGUUGGCACAUCUUGUUAAGCAAUCUGUCCCACUUCUUGAUCACCUUGGAAUACAGCGAGAUACAUGUGAUAAAAUUAUUGAAUCAUUGUGCCACAGGCACAAAGACAAGCUUAUUCCACGUUCUCAUUCUGUAAAGGAGUUAUCCUUGAAUGGAAAUGAGUGCACUCACGAUCUUGAUUUGAGAAUUGCCAGUGUCCUUGAAAGUACAGGACAUCAUUAUGAUGGAGGUUUUUGGACUGACCCUGUAAAGCAUGAAAAAGCAGAUAAGAAGCACCAUGUUGCAAUUGUAACAACAGCCAGUCUCCCAUGGAUGACUGGCACUGCUGUAAAUCCAUUACUCCGAGCUGCAUAUAUGGCUAAAUCUGCAAAACAAGAUGUUACUUUGGUGGUUCCCUGGCUUUGCAAGUCAGAUCAGGUGCUAGUUUAUCCCGACAGUUUGAGUUUUAGUUCUCCUGAAGAGCAGGAAGCAUAUAUAAGGAACUGGCUGGAGAAUCGGGUUGGCUUCAAGGCUGAUUUUAAGAUCUCCUUCUAUCCAGGAAAGUUCUCAAAAGAAAGACGAAGUAUUAUACCUGCUGGGGACACCACUCAGUUUAUUCCUUCAAAAGAGGUUGAUAUUGCUAUUUUGGAAGAGCCAGAACACCUAAAUUGGUAUCAUCAUGGAAAACGAUGGACAGAUAAGUUUAAUUAUGUUGUUGGUGUGGUUCACACAAAUUACCUGGAAUACAUUAAAAGAGAGAAGAAUGGAGCUAUCCAAGCCUUCUUCGUCAAACAUAUCAACAACUGGGUAACUCGAGCAUAUUGCCAUAAGGUUUUGCGGCUUUCUGCAGCUACUCAGGAUCUACCCAGGUCUACCAUUUGCAAUGUUCAUGGUGUUAAUCCUAAAUUUCUUAUGGUUGGAGAAAAAAUAGCUGCUGAAAGGGAGCAAGGGAAUCAAGCAUUUUCCAAAGGAGCAUAUUUUCUGGGGAAAAUGGUUUGGGCAAAAGGUUAUAAGGAGUUAAUAGAUCUGUUGGCAAAGCACAAGAAUGACUUGGAAGGAUUCAAGUUGGAUGUCUAUGGGAAUGGUGAGGAUUCGCUGGCAGUCCAAUCGACAGCAAGGAAGUUGGACUUGAGCCUUAAUUUCUUCAAUGGAAGGGAUCAUGCUGAUGAUGCACUUCAUGGGUACAAAGUUUUCAUAAAUCCUAGUGUCAGUGAUGUCCUCUGUACAGCAACCGCCGAGGCUCUUGCAAUGGGCAAGUUUGUGAUAUGUGCAGAUCACCCUUCAAAUGAAUUCUUUAGGGCAUUUCCUAACUGUCUGACUUACAAGACUUCCGAGGAUUUUGUAGCAAGAUUGAAAGAGGCCAUGGACAAUGAACCCCUACCCCUGACUUGUGAACAGAGAUAUAACUUGUCAUGGGAAGCUGCAACGCAGAGGUUUAUGGAGUAUUCUGAACUUGAUAAAGUCUUAAGCAACCAAGAGACUGAAAGUACACAAGCAAAUAAUAAAAGGAAGAUUAAGAAAUCAAUUUCCAUGCCAACUCUGUCUGAUACUGUGGAUGGAGGUUUAGCCUUUGCUCAUUAUUGUCUCACAGGUAAUGAGAUCCUGAGAUUGUCUACUGGAGCUAUACCUGGGACACGUGAUUACAGUAAGCAGCAUUCUUUGGAUUUAAACCUGCUGCCACCGCAGGUGCAAAACCCUGUAUAUGGCUGGUAAGAUGAACUAUACAACAGGUUCCAUAAUCACCUGCUGUGAUACUUUAGAGGUAGGCCGAUGGUCUUCCUGGGGUUUUAUUUAUUUUGAUCAUUCAUUCUAACUGAUAUUGGCAUAAAGCUACCUAAACAGCAACGGACUGCUGUCACUAAAGACCAGGAGUUGGACAAUUACUGUGUAUGCGAGACUUCUGAUUGUCAAAGCCUCGGUGUUAUUAGUCAGAUUGAUGUCGGAAAUGCAGAUCAAGUUGCUGGUUUUUGGAUUCUAACUCUCCUUUAGUGUAUUUAUGUUGCUUCAUAUUAGUGCAUUACUAUGACUAUAUGAUGUAUAUAAGACAUCUACAUCUAUUAAGAAGCCUAUACAGUGUAUGGAACAUGGUGCAAUCAUGUAUUGGCUUUAAACAAUUGUGAGGAUUACAAAAAAGUCUCAUUAGUUCUAAGCGUGUA